AUGCCGCUGAUCAACGAUCUACUGGAGGAUCUCGAGUCUACACUAUGGUAUUGCUCACUUGACAUGGCAAGUGGUUUUUGGGUGGUGAAGAUGACGGAUCGGGCCCGCCUGAUCUCGGCCUUUAUUACCCCAUUCAGACUUUUCGAGUGGAAUCGGAUGCCUUUUGGGCUAAAGAAUGCACCGCAGAUCUACCGGCGCAUGAUCGACAACGCAUUAUAUGGAUUCACUCGGAUCCCGAAAAUUGCAGGUGAUCCGAACGUCUGGAUGUAUUUGAGGCCGGAGAACCUGAGGAUCCGGGCAAACCAUCGAUCUUCUGGAGGCGUGCAACAAAUGGAACUUGCGAUCAGUGUUGUCAAGAGUUUCUGGGGCAUGCCCAAGGUGGAAUAUCUAGGUCACAAGGUAUCGCAUGAUGGACUGGAGACGAAUCCGAUAGAUCUGUCGGCGUUGACGGAUCUCGAGUUUCCCGGAUCCCUGCGUGCUAUGCAAUCCUCUUUGGCAGCUUAUGCGAUCUACGCGUCUGUACUGUAUGAAUUGAGGGGGAUCGACUAUGCUGCAAUGGAGAAGUGCGUGAAUCGAGGCCGGAUCCAGCUAGCACUGGCGUCGGAAACCCAGGAUCCGGAGAUGUCGGAUACCAAGAAGGACAAUGUAGCAGAUCUGGAUCCCCGGUGGAUCCAUGCCCACAGAUCAUGCAAGGCGUUAAUGGAGAGGAUCGCGAUAACGCCGAUCCUACGUCACUUUGAUCCGGAUCUGCAGGCUGUGGUGGUUGUAUAUGCCAGUGAUUGGGCGAUCUCCGGUGCAUUGAUGCAGGAGCAUGAUCAGAUCUACUGUCCAGUGAUGUUCACGAGCCGUACGUUGAAGUCCAACGAGUUAAACUACGGGAUCGCAGACAAAGAGGUGUUG